AUAUCUCUGAUGUCCUCCAUUGAUUAGAUAUCUAGUAGGUGUUUUAUUGUCUCUAUUAGCUUGACACAGUGCCAGCCAACGUCACAUCUCAUAGUCCUAGUUUCUGUUGUGCCCAUGUUGAACCCCGAUGUGUCAGCUCGGCCAAAGGUCAGUGGAUUAGGACACCGUCAGCUCCUGAAGAACAAAGUAGCUGCUGUUUUACACCAAGACAUCAGAGGUCAACGUCACAAACGCUACCAAGGAGCAGCUUUUUAGUACAGUGUGUGUGAGUGUGUUUUAUUGGUAAGAUGUGUUGAACAUCACCGUGUUGAAGAGAUGAUAAUAUUAAUUAAGAAGAGUGAGAGCACUUAAGCAACAACUUACUGAAAUGCAAAAAGCUUAAUUGGAAUGUUUGUCAGAAUCCUUCCAGUAAUUUGAUGAGCUUGUAAAGAAGGACAGGGAAUAACGAAAGAUUGUCUUCUUCGCUUAAUUAAUUAAUUAAUUCAAGCAAAUAUAGUAUUUAACAGUAACUUUAACAAGUUCUCUUAUCCAUUAGUGCGAGACCACAACUGAAUAAAAACGGAACCUUGUCUGUUACUCAACCACUGUUCACUGUCGCAUAAACGGACGAUGACGUCCUGUCACGGUGAUUCUUUUAUUUUCAUUUAUUGAUCUUUGAACUGUGCUUUGUAGAGAAACAACGUGGUUUGAACGUGUCGCGUCCAUUCAGGAAAAGAGAUCCGCUCAAUAUUUUGUCAUUUCCUCCAGUCGAUGAGGUUUACUGUACUUUUGCUUGGCCCCCGGUAUUGGCCCAACAAUGUUCCCUUCAAGGACAGUUACCUCCUGACUGCUUUACUAAAUACUUUAAGACAGGCACAAAUAAAGUAUAAAAUAUUCUGAAUUUUGAAGACAAAACCACUAUAAAGCUUGCGUCGGAGUUGUCAUGUGACAGAAGCCACAGCUUCAGGAAGAGAGACGUUCUGACAGCAUGGAAGGGACUCCUGGACUUUGGGCUCUUCACUACAAGUGUUAUCUGGCUUCAGCAUAUAUACACGGAAGCAGCGGUCCGACAAACGCAAAGGCUGCGAGAUACACAAGCCAAACACAGGUGAGAAUUACGCUACAUUCAGAGGUACAAGCAGGUAAACAAGGAGAUCAAAGUAGAAGCGGGUCUGAUCGUUUCUGUUCUGUCGGCGCAGACAUGAAGGCGCUGGUGCUUCUGGCUGUGGCCGUGCUUUCCGGCUGUCACGCCAACCUCUUCUACGCUGACGCUCCCAAGCCCCAGGUGGACGCGCUGACGGAGGCUUUCUGGGACUACAUCGCCAAGGCCACGCAGACGGCCGACGACACGCUCCAGAUGAUCAAGGAGUCUCAGUUCGGACAGGAAGUCAACGCCCGUCUGGCAGAAAGCGCGGACUUAGCCAGCGAGUACGCGGUCGCCCUCCAGGAGCAGCUCUCGCCCGCAGCCGAGCACCUGAUGACCAAGAUCAGCACAGAGGCCGACGUGCUGAGAAACGCGCUGACGCAGGAGCUGAGCUCCGUGCGGGACAAGCUGGAGCCCUACACCGAGGACACGAAGGCCCGGAUCCAGCAGAGAAUGGAGCAGAUGAGGCGCGGACUGGCGCCGUACGCCGACUCCCUGGACUCCGGGGCCCUGAGGUCCACCCUGGUGCAGAAGAGCGAGGAGCUGAAGAGCAGCCUGGAGCAGAGCGUGAAGGGCCUGAAGGCUCAGCUGGGGCCCUACACCGACGGCCUGAAGACCAAGGUGGACCGGCACCUGCAGAACCUCCACGAGAGCGUGGCCCCCAUGAAGGAGAAGGUGCAGGUGGAGCUGAGUCAGGGGGCCAACCUGGUGAAACAGAUGGUGGCCCCCUACGCAGAAGACUUCAGGGAAAAGCUGGACCCCUACACGCAGGACCUCCUGAUGCAGCUCACGACCCUCUACGAGUCCCUCAUUCAAGACAACUGAGGCCGCCUGGUCAACAUGCUUCACCGCGGACCCAGAGGCUGGCUUUGCUUGGGCUGAAACUGAAGCAUGCAGUCGUUUCAUGUGCGAAGGGUACUGUACGCCAAAUGAACUGGAUGCCGGCCCACGGCAUCCUAUUUAUUGCUAAGUGCAAUAUUUGCAAAGCAAACGUCUGCACUCAAACGUGUACAUACUGACUUUUUAUCAUGUGUUGUGAUGUUGGACGCUGUAGCUUUUUUAAAUUUCUCUAAGUUAUAAAAUAAAUUCAGCAAUCGAGCAAAAACAUGGCGACAGAUCCUCGUUAGUUUUUUUUUUUUUCUUUCAGUGCUGCCUCUGCAGCCGCUGUGUUAAAAUGUGACAAGGUGUCAUGAAGUGUGAGCGCCGAGCGAUUACUGGGGCCACGGGCCACAGCGGCACGUCUGCUGUGUUUUACUGGAAGGGGACCAGUGUUUUCCCUCAGUGGCCAAGUCCUAACAUGCCCUCUCGCGGCUCCAUCUCUCCAUCCAGAGGCAGAGAGGCCUGCUCUUAUCCUCGUACUUGUCAACGCUUGCCAUGAAACGGCUCCUUCCUGGUGCCGGCGCUUGAAACGUGCGCGGCCCACGUGAUUUCAUUUAACGCAGCUCACACAUAAAGGCAAACACUAUACGCACACACGACACAAAGCCUUAUCGUCCGAGUCCUCCCACUCUUUACUGUGCCAGCAUCCAACGUGGAGGGUCAGGGUCCAACGACAAUGCAGCGCACACACAUAUACACACAGUACAGUACAUGAUUGUUCAUUGUUUAUUGCAUUGUGUGCAGGUUUAUUCUGGGAUGCCUCAUAAUCGCGAUACAACUCCGCGAUUUGAAGCUUGAUAUGAAGAGGAAAGCACCUUUAAUCAAUGUAGCUUAAUGUAAUUGAGCUAUUUAAAAGUCCUCUUUUUACAACUCUCUACAAAUCUCCGUCCCUACGAAUGCAAAUCCGACGUCCCUUUCUCAUGCGCCGGCCUGUUUUAUACCUGAUUAGCACUUGUGUGGGCCCCCAGAGUCUCUAUUCACGCUGCAUUAUCAGUCAAAACCGCUGAAAGGCAGCGCUCUACCCCUGGAGGCCAGACCCGUGUCUGCCCCAUUCACACUCCACUGCAAGGAGGGAGUUGCUGUUGACACACACGCGUUUCUCUGAACAAGAUGGAUCCUGUCUUGUUCACCAUGGGGGCGAGCAGAGAUUCAGGUGUUUUGAUACAGAGGAGUGUUGCGUCACAUCAGGCCACUGCUGCUCCUCUGAUGCUGCAUCACUGCUGCUGGGGAGGAAAACUGUCACGUCUGUGCGUCGCUGUGAGGGCUUUCAGGCCGCUGCUUGCUUGUUGUGGCUAUGAGACCACAAUGUUAUGAAAGCAUGUGCUUGAGGAGAAAGAUGAUUAAAUCCAACAAAACUGCAGUGGAUGAAGCCGGUGUUUUCUCUCCAUCUUUGAAGAACAGUAGAAAUAAAUAAGUAUAUUGAGUUUAAAGAGUGACUGUACUGAACUGUAAAGUAAAACCAAACGUAAUGAAUUUUUGCAGGCAUCUGAAUAAGUCUCCUGAUAAUUAACGUCAUGCAGUGGUGCUAAAACGUUUCUACUGAAAAUAAGAAAUCUAGUUGACAUGACUCAACCUUCAGUGGAAAAGAAGUGAACACACUGCCAUCUAGUGGUGAAACUGUAACCAUGCAUGAGUCAAAUAGAUGUAUUUCCUCCUUUUUAUCUUUAAACCAACCAAACUUAAAAAAUAAAAUGCUACUAAUAAUGAUUUAUUUAUAACUAUAGCUUCAGUUUCCCUGCUAAAGUCACACGAUUACCCUGUCUGUUAUUGUUUGGCUGCAUCUAGAAUAUAUAUCGGUUCAGUUUACGUAGUAAUAUUUAUUGGGGAAGUCGAUGUCAGAACAUCCUAAUUGAAGAAACUUUCUGUGUCUCAUUCUAAUUCUAUGCUAGUGAUUUAUUUUUUACAAUAUCACUAUAAAAAACUGUCAGACCAGGGAGGAAAGUUUUAGGAUUGACAAAAGCAUGUUUUCUCCACGUUUACUGUUGUUGACCUUUGUAAAUGUAAAGAACAAAUAUUCAGAUCCUUAAACCAAUGUCAUUUGGGUUCACAAAAUACUGAGCAAACUUUAGUGUGACGUUAAUCAUUAUUUACUAUUGACUAAAAAGCAAAACAUUAAACUGAUUUUAUAAAAGACUAAAAAAAAGACUCUUCUGUAUUCGUGGCGUUUUGUGUGCAGUCAGGGCUCAGGUAACUUUGCGUGUGUGUCGCUGCAGUUAAUGAAAUUAGGUCCAUGUGAUGUAGAGCCGAGUUUUACUGGGGAAAUCCUAAAAAAUAAAUAACAACUACGGCUGUGUUAAUUUCACAACUUUUAUCCUGUGUGUAUGCCACAGAUACAACAAAUGUUCAUUUAUGUCAUGUUGAAUGACUGUCAUUUGGUAUUUGACUUCCGGGUUCGACGGCUAAAUUUUUUUCAAGGGUCUGCUUCCGUUCCGGCCUCUAAUUGUUUUCACCUGUUCCGUGUUGUCCACGUCCGUGAAACUCACGUGAGCCUCGUUAGGGCUCGUGUAAGUGGUUCCCGCCACCCCAUGUUGGAGGGAAUGAGCGUUGUUUCAGGUUCUGGGCUGCCGUUGUUGCACUUAGAAGCAUUCUCGCGUCUUUUUCCGACCAUUUAACAUUUUUCAAGUCAAGCCGCCGACGGUGCUUUGCGUUUUUCGUGUGUAUCAUUGUAUUCAAGCCAUGUUCGUGCCUGAAGUCACUGAGCCAGGUCAUGUUUUACUGUGUGGACUCGGUCUAUUCAAUCCAGUCUGCUGUCAGCUGUUCUAACCUUGGAAACCACUGUGGACUUUCAUGCCUGAAGCCUCAGGGCCGUCGGCCAUUUUGACUCGCUUCCUUAGACUUGGUGAUGUUCUUCUCUCUUCAAACCCCGGAUCCACAGAUCUUGCUCUGUGGGAAAGCACCCCUGUGGACACUCUCCCACCGCACCGACUCCUGUGGAAGCCUAGAAGCAGCCUGUGAGGGACAGGAAGGCCAGAAGGUUGGUGGAUGAACGGGAAAGGAUUUGAUGGAACAGACGACAUCUGAAGCAGACCUGUUCAGAAACCUUCAGAAGGGACGUAAGGCCAACACCAACAACAAAGGGUGGUGAUUCUACUGAAGGUCCACUCAGUGGAAGGCCCUUGGCAGCACUGAUGCUUUGGUGGGAGCUCUGGUUUGACUGGAGGAGCGUUUGCUGCACUGCAUCUACUACAAUACAGAGAAUAAAUCUUACCAGAGCCAACAAGCACAUCUGGAUUUCCAAGCGUCACAGCUGCAGUGAAAUCUUCACCACGAUACUCCAUGUCACAUUGCCAAUUUACAAAUUUAUGCUGUUGAGUCUACAAUAUAUAAAAAGUUCAAAAAAGUAACUGUUAGUGAUACGCACUGGUGAAGGAAUCAGAAGAAACAACCCGAGAGGACAGUCACCAUACCUGGAUGGCUAUUUUGGAGCGAACAGCAGUUGUGAGCUGGUGGAUGACCUGGGCAUUCAGGCUGCCAGUAUUGUCCAUAUCACCAACCAUGACUGGAAAGGACUAAAAAAAAUGUGAAUGAAUAAAUAAACAUCAAGGUCCAGGAACAUUUAAUCCUCAAGCUCAAAUCAUCACUACUGUCUGACAGACACCAUGUCACCUGGAAGGACCACACGAAUCACAUAAGGGCCUAUUCUAAACACGCUAAAGUGUGUGUAUUUGUAUAAAACAAUGUUGUCAAUUAAUUACUACUAGACUUGGAGCACAUUGUUAAAGUAACAUUGUGCUUUAGAUCUAGUAAAGAUUGUGCCGAAGCUCUAUUUUCCCCAGAACAACUCAAAAUGCAACUCAACAUAAUUUCAGUCAUCUGACAACAUUAAAUCUAUAAACAUUAUCAAUCAUCUCCCUAAAAAAAUCAUCAUGAACUAAAUAAUUAUGACUGGAGUAAAACUGAAAAAUCAACCAUGCUUUUUGGACAUACAAUUAUUUAGCUGUAAAUUUAGUAUCAGGCCUCAAGUCCAUUUUAUGAACAGUUAAGUUUUACUUGGCAAAAAAUAUGAUUCGCCUAAAAACAGUCAAAAACGAGGGGUUUAGCACUCGAAUUAAGUAUUUUGAAACGUGUUAUCUUCCUUUUAAAAAGGGCAAUGUUUCUGUCCUUAUUAGAUCAUUAUUGAUAACUAUUGUGAGAAAGUAUUAACAUGAACCAGACCAAUGUGUUCACGUGGAUGAAUAGCAUAAUUAUAGCCUACAGUUUAAGCAAUGGUGAAUUGAUCAAAUUUGUGAUUUUAGAAUUAUGUAACAAACUGGUAGCCCUUCACAUUAAUCUGAUGCCAAGUAGCCAUGUUCAAAAGGUUUGGUGAUAUGAAAAAACAAAUCUAGAUUAAAACAAUACAAGGCCCAAGAUUAUAAAUUUUGGAUUAUAAAAAGGAACCAGCAGUUUCAUUCCACAGACAAUUGGCAAACACUUUUCUUUCUAGUUUCUCUUCCUGCAUUUUAAAGACUAUACUUUGUUGUACCUGCACACAAUAAAUUGAAAUAAUACAAUGUU